UUAACCAGAAUAAACCAACCCUGGCAUAGCCAAAUGGAGAGUGAGACGGACUCUACCCAGUGCAAUGAAGACCAGAUGAGUCAGACACAGGAUGGGGAGAAUGGAGAACAGGAUUGUGGAUUAGAGGGAGGUGAAGGGAUGGUGGUGGAUGGAGACAUACAGGACUGGAACGGGUUUGCUUCUGGGGAGACGGCAGAGGAAGACGAUAUGGUUGCUGACUGGAAAUCCGGCGAGUCAGUGACACCGCAGCAUGUCUUAAGGCUGACCAGUUACACCAAAGAGUUCCUGUGUUCACCAGAGGACAACAUCUACAACAUAAACUUCUCCCGCUUCAAGAUCAGGGACCUGGCAAGUGGAUCAGUCAUCCUUGACCUAAAAAAGCACUGUCCAACAGAGAUUAAGGACGUCAUCCAACUGGACGCAGGCAGGUUCAUCCAGUAUCACUUCUCCCCUGCAUUCCUGACCCUCAGAGAGAUCGGAGCCACGUUGGAGUUCACGGUGGGAAGCAAGGCUUUGAACCGCUUUCGUCUGAUCGAGAGGCAUUUCUUCAGGAACCUCCUGCUGAAAACCUUUGACUUUGAGAUUGGCUUCUGUAUCCCACACAGCAGGAACACAUGCGAGCACAUCUACUGCUUACCUGACCUGGAACCAGAGACAAUUGAUGAAAUGAUUGCCAGCCCCUUCGAGACUCGAUCUGACAGUUUCUACUUCGCCAACAACAAGCUGAUCUUGCACCACAAAGCCGAGUACGCCUUCAACCCGUGAAGAUGCAGGCCGAGCUCCCAAACACCGCAAAGGGCCCACCAGGCCACCAGGUGGCAUCACUCUGAAUAAAGUACUGAUGUGAGGUAUUAAAGGACGUGUAAGUGGAACGGCCCCCAGAGUGCAGACCACAGCCAAGAUCCAAGUGUCGUCUGUUUCCUUCCAUCGCUUUCUUUUUCACUGUCAUUCUUUAGAUCUCUGUAGAAAACAGAUGAAGAAUGUUACAGUAUUCUGACUUCCUGGUUGCUUACUUUGUUUCCUAUUGCUGACCUGUGAUCUUAAUGCUGGUCUUUGUUCCUGAUCACUGAUCUGUGAUUGACCUGACUUACCUUUGAUCCUUACCGCUAAACACUGAUCCCGAUCACUGGUGUUUGAUCCUAAUCACUGAUCUUCAUUCUGAUAAGUACCUUUUGAGCUGGAUCUUUGCACCUCAUUGGUGGCAUUUCACCAUGAUCAGUCACCUUUGAUCCUGAGCUAAAAUCCUGAUUGCUGAACUUUGAUUCUGAUUGCUUUGAUGCAGAGUUAUUAGAAUCAAGUAGUGGAUCCUGACCUUUGAUCCUGAAUGCUGAGCUAAAUCCUAGGUGCAGGAUCCAAGGAAUCAGAAUGAGAUGUUAAAGAUUAAGGGCAUCAUCAGAUCCAAGAUCAAAGUUCAGUCAUCUGGCUCUGCAUCAAAAUUUAUUCCAAGUCUUCUUUGUCCCAAGGCUCAAUAUUCUACCAAUUUAAUUGAAAUCAUGAUUUCUGGUUAAGGUUGAUUUUGAUGCACCCCUGGCACUAACCAGGCUGGCUCUUGGUCCUGGUGGAUCAGGUAACUGUAGAGAAAACGGCUCAGUGCUCCUCAGCAUCCUAAUUUAAACAUCCAGAGAAGGACGAUGCUGGAGACUUUUGCAGAACUGUGGGGUCUACGUGUUCCCAGGUUAUGAACUCUGACAGUCUUGUUGUUGCUUCAACAAGUACUCAGGUGAAGUCCUGCAGACUGCAUCUGACCAGUGUCCUACACUUAAUCUAUAGCCUUGAAAAAACCUUGAAAAUCAGAUGGUUCCAUUAGAGUUUGCAAAAUGUCUGGCUGAAGGACUUGCAGACAAAAAGGUUCGUCCAAACUGAAUGUGGGUGUUGUCCCACAGUCAAACCAUGAAAUUUGGCAAAGAUUCCACUGAGUUGUAGUGCAGGGGUUGGUAGAAAUUUCUGGCUGUGUAGGUGCUAAGAAUGUGGGCUGUGACAGACUUGUGUGUAGAAAAGGUGUUUUUGUGUAACGGAGGCCAGCAGGCCUCCAAAGGCACAACAACCCAGCAUUUUCAGCGAAUAAAUAAAUUAAAUAGCUGAUUAACAGUGAACACUAUUUUGAACCCAAGAUGGCAACAGGAGUCACAUGACCGAUAUUUUUUUUUUUUUGGCUCAUCAUGUUGCUACUCUCUGGUGCCAGGGUUCUACUGGCUGAUGCUCCAGCCAAGUGCAACCGAGUUUGCAAAGGCAGGCAGCGGAGGGCAGGGAACGCUCCAGGGCUCUGCAAUGUCUUAGCUGAACUCCUCCAGGCAGGUGGCAGUGCUGUUCUCCUGGCAUUAGCAACAGGCUUUGUUUCAGUCUGGGAGACGGGUAUCAUCCCUAUGGAAGGGGAGGAAGGACCUGUUGGCCCACUCUGAGAAGGAAUAGGUGACUGCCUUGAUUGCAACACCUUCAGGGGUGUUACCCUCCUCUCUGUGCCAGGACCAGUGCUGGUAAGAAUUAUUCUGAGCAGGAUUCAGCCCUAAUCACUUACCGCUCAGCAACUGGAACAGGCUGAUGUCGCAGCCAUAAGCAACAACCACAUUCAAGUCUGCAGGUGCUCACUGAAUCAAAGUGUGAUGCAGCAUGGUGGCAUAGUGGUUAGCAGCAAGGUGGCCACAGGUUUGAUUCCAGCAGUGCUGAGGUCCUUUCUUUGUGGAGUUUGCACAUUCUCUCAAAGUCUGUGCAGGUUUGCUCUGGGUACUCCGGUUUCCUCCCCCAGUCAAGAAAAAAAAACAUGCUCGUAUAUGCAGGUGUGCACAUAACUGGUGCUCAUGGUCCUUGCAUGUGCUAUAAAUAAAUGAGAUGCAGCAGAACAUGGAGGCAAGGUAGUGUCUGUAGACCUGGAGUGGACUGUGGCUGCCCAGCGCUCAUAGUGGUUGGAUUGUGUGUCUAACUAUGAAAUAUAAUGGAUUAAAUGUGGAGGACACCUUUUAGGAGUACAUACGUACAAAUGAAAAUAAUGAGUUUCAUACCGUGUUUGGUGCGGUUGCCCUCUGACUUUGAAGAUGAAAGAUAAAUGGGAAGAUCUUCCAGAGUUAUGAGGUCUGUGGAUGGAGUUGUUUGGCAAUGCUGAUACCUUUGUUGAAAGAGGAAGGUUCAAGACUUUUAGGUUUUGGUGCUUCCUGUGUUGGACUUAACCAGUGAUCUGAGUGAUCUUUGGUACCAAGUCCCUAUGGAGGAUGCUGGUCUGGGGUACCACUGGAAUUACUUUGUAUCAAAUGAGCAGUUACUUAUGUACAUUCAGAUGAGUAUCACUGGCAAUGUGAGGAGACUCUGUGACAGCAUUUUGACCAUGGGACACACUUCUCUGGUACCUCAGAGUUGAGGAUACCAGCAACUUGAGAGGCCAAGGGGGUGUCCGUGUUUCACUUUUUAUCCCACAAUGGCUGAAGGUCCAAAGUGGGAUUAUGUUGUGGUAGUUUCCUGUCUGUCCAUCCAUCCCAAAAAGGGUAUAAGUGUUCUGAAAUCAACACCUCUCACACUUUUAGGAGGACUUUUGUGAAACUUGGUGUACAAGUCUUUGUUAUAGGCUGGUAAAAAGCACAUUAUUCCAUUUGUGCCCAUUUUGGCAGAGUUAUGGCCCUUGAUUAAUAAAUGUAGAACCUGUCAGUUUCAUGGGUUGGUGUCUGCAUUCUGACAGUUGAUUUCAGAAUGUAGCAAGCACUUGUACCAAAGCAGCAUUUGCCAGUGUUGGAUACUGUGAGCACUCUUGUUUAAAGUGUGUUUGGAGCCCACGUCUGCCUGGGUAGCUACCAUCCAAAACUCAGUGGUUUCAUAGUUUUGUGGGUGCAGUGAAUAGAACAAGGGUGGGCAAUCAUGUGCCAUGAAGGGCCGAGACACUGCAGGUUUUCUUUGCUGCCAGUCACCUCAGCAGGUGGCUUCAUUGAUGAUCAGGUGUUUAUGUUCAGGGGAGAAGUUCAUCACCAACCUGAGCUAAUUGGUAGCAAAGAAAACCUGCAGUGCCUUGGCCCUCGUUGUCCACCCCGGAAUAGAAACUUUAUUGUCGUUACAUACAACAAAUUUGUCCUCUGCAUUUAACCUAUACUUAGACACAAUCCAACCACUAGGGGCAGUGUGUAGCCACAGUCCAUCACCCAGGGACCAACUCCAGAUAUAGAGAUGCUGCCUUGGUCAGGGGCAGAUCCAAAAUAAGCAGGUUUUUGAUUGUGUGUGUGUCAUCGAUUUCUAUUUACUCACUAGAUGGAGAACCGUGUUGAUCUGCUCAUUCACUGGCUUUUGCCAGAGCGCUGCCAUCUUGGUUAGCGUACAACAAACAGGCAUCACUAGAAAUCAUUGUGGACAUGAUCAAUGUUUUUAAGAGAGUUUCUCCAUCAAUCUGCAUUUUCUGUGUUACAUUUAUUCAAACUCAGUCCCACAUGCACUGAGUGUUUCUUUCUCUUUUUGCUCUGUA